AGUCUUCAUGGCUCCACUACUUUAUCUUUUGACCAAACCCACAACCCCUUUUUCUCCCUUCUUGAUCCCUGAGAACAACAAUUUCUCAUCAAUUAUUUCUCACCCUCCCCAAAUCAAAUUCUUUACGCUGUUCAUUUUUCACACCUCAUUGUUCCCACUCCAAAGUCCAAUUUUCCAUUUGCCUCAGUUAAAUUGGAAAAGCAAAAGGGUGUGCUUUAGUCCUGAUUCAAGUGACAAAACAACCAUAUUUCUCAAGCAUGGUACUUGUGUCGGCUACGACGGCAGUGGCGGCGGCGGAUGUGGAGGCAGAGUGUUGGGAAGCAAGAAAAGGAUGAUUGGAUGUUGGAAUUUCGGAUUGCUCAAGGAAUCAUCAUCACCUGUUAAAUUUCUAGUCAAGCUUGGAUCAAAAGUAGCAAAUGCUAUUGGAAUUUCCUCCAUGAGAAGGAGAUCAUCAAGGAAAGUUUCUUCAUCGGCUUUGGCACGAUCGCGGUCGCUGACAGGCCCCAUCGACUCACAUCGCGCCAAAGCCGUCGAAGACUGCAUUGAGUUUUUGCAUUCUUCUUCCUCUAGGGAGAGACCAAGUUCGGUUUCAGAAAUUUCUGCUUAGGGAAUUUUUAGUUUUUAGUUUUUGGUGAUUGUUAAUUGCAAGAUAUGUAUAUUUAGAGAAAGUGAAUUGUUAUAUAGCCAGAAUAGUUUUGGCAUGAUCUUUGAAUGGUUGAUAGCAUUACCACAUUGUUAUGACAAAUUGUUCUGGCUAGUUGUCUAGCAUUAGUUCUUUUUAUUUUUUAUUUUUGGAUUGACAUGUUCAUUCGUAUUAGGAAAAAGUGUUUAAUCCUUGUGAACUAUGCCACUAUGGUAGUGGAGUUUGUGUAGAGUUUCCAACAAUGAACAUUGGCUCCAUCAUGUUACUUUGUUAAUGAAGUUUGAGUAACUCAUAAGAACAUUGGCUUCAACCCUCAA